CAGUCGGACCAACCAGUCGAUUUGUCGACUUGAGAGCCACGCCGUGGGUACAUUGUUCAUGGAAUUAAUUAUUAUAACCUAAUCGGCAUGAGCGAGUAUUGAUAUUCGGCAAUCAAUUUGUUAUACAAUAUACUUCCAAUUUCAUCAGAAUGAAAGUCAAAACAUUGCGUAAGAAUCCUUUCAAUCGUUCGAAAUCAGUAGUAGAAAACGAGGUCGAAAUUAAAGAUGAAGAAGAAAACGAAAAAGCCAAAGUGAUCGACGGAGGUUCUGACGGAAAGGAUAAGACAGUACGUUUCCCAUCUGACACGAAUUUCAAUCACAUAAAAUGUAAAGCCGUAAGACACUUGAAAGCUCAAAAGUUGAAAAAAGAUAAGAAUAAAGCAAAAAAAGAAGCUCGAAAAGAAAGAAUCAAAGAAGGAACACCGAAACAAGUCCCUCAUACUAUCGAGAGUCUACGAGAAAAGGACGAAACAACUAUUCAAGGUGAUUUGGACGAUGAGGAAAAUGCAGAAGUCAAGCUCGAACUAGCGAAUGACGAGUUUGCUGCUUAUUACCGACACGAUUACGAGCCCAAAGUUCUUAUUACUUACUCGGAUAAUCCUGUGAAAAAAACGAGAAUAUUCGGCCGAGAACUCACAAGGAUCAUCCCAAAUUCUAUAUCGCUCUAUCGUAAUCGAUCUGGUGUGAAAAAAAUGGUCAAAUCUGCAGUAGCCAGAGGAUUUACAGAUUUAGUGAUCGUCAAUGAAAACCAAUCGCAGCCUAAUGGUUUGCUCAUAGUCCACUUGCCCGAUGGUCCGACCGCUCAAUUCAAACUGAGUAAUGUAAAAAUAACUCCUGAACUGAAAAGAAGUCACAAAGAGAUAACGGAACAUCGUCCUGAAGUGAUUCUAAACAAUUUUACGACUCGACUUGGCCACUCUGUUGGCAGAAUGUUAGGAGCUUUGUUUCACUAUGAGCCAGAAUUCAAAGGCAGAAGAGCCGUUACCUUCCACAAUCAGCGUGAUUAUAUUUUUUUCAGACAUCACAGAUAUGAAUUCAAUAUGAAAACUGGAAAGCCAAGACUCAGAGAACUAGGACCACGAUUCACCCUGAAAUUGCGAUCAUUGCAACACGGCACUUUUGACAGUAAACACGGAGAAUACGAAUGGAUUAUUCAAGGACGUCGUCACGCGAUGGAGACUAGCAGAAGGAAAUUUUUCCUCUAGAUUAUCCUACAAAUUUGAUGAAGGAAAAGCGAUCCGUAAAUACAAAUACUUGUAUUACAAAUAAAGUAUAAGAAAUUUUUCAUUCUUAAA